CGUACUGUUCCUACCUCAACUCCAUCUACUGUCACCCUCUCCCAGGAGCCGACCAUUGAAAUCGACAGUUCUGGAUCGCCUUCUAAACUGGAGCCUACGUCUUCACAGUCUUCCGCUGCUGACCUGUCGAACCCACUCUCAUCGCGCGCCUCUGACAGUGCACCGUUGGAGACCGAAGGGGGACCAAAGCCGGAGGACGCUGCUCCUAAGUCCAGGGAAAAGCCUCUUGUCCCCGGUUUGGCAGUCGAUUUUGUUGCCUCCUUUACUGAAAUGAGUAUCGUCGAAUCAAAGACGCCUGCUAAGUCACACAUCCCGCCGACUGCAGGUUUGAACACAUCGACGGCAUCGGUGACUCCUAUCAAACUUCUCACAAAGUCUGCGCAACCAGGCCUCUUUGCUGUCCCAACUACACCGCUUUCCGCUAUUAGACCGGCCGGCAGGGCAACAAGCACCCCCUUUAGUAUGCGAUCCACCGCACAGUGCUCUGAUGAGGAAAUUAUCGAUUUGGACGUCUCUCAAACUGUUGAUGACGAACAGCUUCAAAACUCUGUUCAAAUGAAGUCACUUCGCAAGAGCCUGGCAAAGUCAGGCCUCCUGAUCCUGGAGGAACCGCUUGAAAGCACGCCAAAAUAUCCAGCCCACCCCUCUGCAUCUCCUGGCAUGAAGGUCGAGUUCGAAACCGAGAUGUCCGUGGAUGGCUCACAAAGGGCGCCUCCUAGCGCAGAAGAGGAGGUACCUCUGGUCGAAGAUUCCUGUGAAGUGAACACAGACGGUUCAGCUACCUCCUCCAAAAUCUCUAGUCCACCCGGUUUCCGCCUUUCAGAAUCC